ACCCCUCUCGGCUCCUCGUUAAUGAGACUUUAAAACUUUACCAGCGUAAGAAAAUGUAAACUUUAAUAUAUACAUAUGUACAUAUUAAAACACCUCACUAUUUUAAGAAUAUCUUCGACUAAAGUGGAAAAUACUCAUAGAUUAAGGAAUUUUAAAAAUGGAAAGUGAAUUUUAUAGAUGGACGUUUUAUUGACAGUUGGAUUACAAAACUAUGCCUGCUUAUAUGGGAGAUGAUGGCAUCUCACCUGAACAGAGAAAACUUCACGAUGCUUGUCUGGAAGGAAACUUGAAAGAUAUUAAAGAUUGUCUUGGACAGGACGGUGCUUCGCAAUAUGUAAAGGACGGUAUGAUGCCGAUGCAUAUUGUUGCAUGCAGCGGAAGGGAGGAUGUAGAAGAAAUUAUAGGCUUCUUGUUACAGAGCGGAAGUGACGUUGAUGCACAAACUAAAUCAGACGAAGACACGAUUCUUCACCUGAUUCCAAGACAUAAUAUUAUUCGGAUAGCUUUUCCGACAAUACUUAAAAUACUGGAAUAUAAACCGGAUGUGUUCAUUAGAAAUCGGCAUUUACGUUCACCCUAUGACGAGGCAAUAGCUCUAGGAUACUAUGAACUAGCCAAUGUUUUAGAUGGUAGUAGAAGUGCGCAAGAUGCAAGAAAAUAUUACGAGCAAGGCAUUGGCGCAAUGUAUGGUGCAAAACUAGUGGAGGCUGUCAUGAAUAGUAAGGAAGAUGUUGCAAAAGAUUGCAUAAAGAACGGUGCUAAUGUUAAUUAUGUAAAUGAGCAUGGGGCUGGUGCAAUACAUUACCUAUUUACGCAUUAUAAGCUUCCACCAGAAAAUAUUCUUCCAUUAUUGUUCACAUCAAAAGCUGAUCCAAAUCUCAGAGAUUAUGAAGGUGAUAACUGUUUAAAUUUAGCUAUCAAAAGUCAACGUCUUAGAGAAAGUGGAAACAUGUACAAAAUUGUAAACCAACUUUUAGAGAAAGGUGCACUUUCUACAGUCAAGGAUUUGGACGGACAUGAUGCUUUUGCUAUAGCUACAUUAAGAGAUUACAAAGACAUAGUUAAACUGAUUCGAAAGUUCAGAGCUGGUCAUCUAUCGGACGAUGAAGAACCUACUAUGGUAACUCCCAAGACGAAAAAGAACUCUCACACUACACCGGAGAAAAAGGAACAUUUCGUGCCAGCGAAAGCAAAGAAUCUCGAUACACCACGAAAAGCUCCAGUGGACGAACCACCUGCUCUAGUUGUAAACCCUGUAAAAGAGAAAACUCAGCUGAUGCAGCAGCCAACUAAAAGACAGCCUACCGUUACUACUUUGAAAGAAGAUGAAGACGACGAAGAUGAUGAAGAGGAUGAUAUAUUGGAUGAUCCUGAUUUGGAUGUAAAUAAGCCAAACGAGCUUGGACUAUACCCGUUACACCAAGCCAUACUACGCACAGAUCCAACAACAAGAAAUAGACUCGUUUCAAAUAUUUUGAACCGCGGAGCUGAUGUCAGCGCAAGAGCUCUAGAUAGCGAGGAACAUGAUGAGGGUGGCAAUACAGCACUUCACAUGGCAGUAGCAAGAGACCAGUUAGGAACAGUAAAAAUAAUUUUAGGCUACAAACCAUUAUAUGCAGUUCCUAAUAAUGAAGGAAAAAUGCCAAAUGAUAUUGCUGAAGAUAAUGAUAACUUGGAUAUGAUGAAACUUUUAGAAGACUAUAGGAGAAGUCAACUAAAUCAUGACAAGAAAAAAUCUGGAUCUUGUAGUAUUUUAUGAGACAUUGCAUGACAUCUUCUAGUCUUAUAUUCUGUCAUAUGCUGUAACAUGAGCUAUUUAUAUUGCGUUUUUAACACGAACUCGUAAUCAUGCAAACAAUCAAAAACCUUCUGAAAUACGUACAUUAAUUUAACUCCUUAUCAUUUUAAACAAGAAUUUUUUUAACUGCAUGUAGCUCAUAAUUACAGAAGUAAUUCCUUCAUUUAAUUCUUGCACAAAUGAAUUUUCUCAUUUGAGAUAUGAUUCUGAUAUAUGAUAAAGGAAAUAAUUUUGUUUACCAAAAACCUGUAUUGAAAUACAAAUGUAAUUUUUGUAUUUUUUGUAAAAAUAAAUAUUGAUACAUUUGUUAAUAACGUACCAAAAAAAGGUAAAUACACUAAACUGUUUAUUAUGUGAAUUGGAUUUGUAAACAUGAAUUGCAAAAUAAAAAAUCAUAAUUAA